CUGCUGAUCAGAAGCUGUUGAAGCAGCAGGACAGCAGAGCUGCUGAUCAGAAGCUGUUGAAGCAGCAGGACAGCAGAGCUGCUGAUCAGAAGAUGUUGAAGCAGCAGGACAGCAGAGCUGCUGAUCAGAAGCUCUUGAAGCAGCAGGACAGCAGCAUGGGCAGAACCACAGAAUGGGUUCCAUCCUUGUGGGUGGACACGUUUAAUGAGCUGCAGUACGACGACAACGAGCUGGAUUAUGGAGACGACUGGACUCUCAACUUUAACUACAGCCAGACAGACGAAGUCACGCAUGACCAGAGGAAGAAAGGCUGGAAGGUCUACUCCCACUGUGCUUAUGGAAACUUUCAGUGUGAAACUUGCCGUAAGACCUGGCCUUCAGCUCGGGUGGUGGUGUUGUUCCGUUACCGGCUGCGGCGAGGCCGUGGAACAGUAAUCAUGCGGCCCUUUGGGCAGACCUGUCGCCGCUGCAGAGAGGACGAGUAUGACCUCCCCGGUUUUGCCAAGAAAGAAGUGGAACACGCUUUGCUCCGGCUUAUUUCCAAAAUCAGAAAGAAUUGCUACAAUGAGGAGGAGGAGGAGGACGGCUCGUCAACAUGUUCUGCCAAAGUGAGGACCAAACCCCACGAGAAGACGCUGUGCGAGGCCUGCGCUCUGGGGAUUUGCUGUCAAGAUGACUAAUACUUUGUGUGCGUGCGAGAGACAGAUCUUUCUUGUGUCCUUUACACGUGACCUUUUUCUCCAUAUGUUAAAGUUCAACGUCUUUAUGUUUGACAGAUAAAUGUAAUGAACUGUAUCGUAUGAUUGGGAA